CAGAAAUCAGGAAACGCUGGCCCUGGCCCGAUCAUAACCAGUUCGGAUCAAUAAGUGUUUAUUAACACACGAUUACCUGCCGAAGCUGAAUCUACAGAAGUCGGGGUUCAUGCCGGAUUUCGAGCAUUUCCGCUUCUCCUACUCGAGCAUGAACCCGGUCCUGGGGGAGAGCGGCUUGCUGCCUCCUCUGCAGCAUCAGCACCACAUGAUGCCGGGCCAGCAGGGCGACUCCAUCCUCCCGGAGCCGGGGUACUUCCUGGGGGACCACGGUGGUCUGGGCCCGGAUUGGGACCUGGGGGCCCAGUCCUACCCGCACCUGCAUGGGGCCCCGCUGCACCGCGUCCCCCCGGCGGCCGCGGCGCUGCGCAACGACCUGGGCUCCAACAUCAGCGUCCUGAAGACGCUCAACCUGCGCUUCCGCUGCUUCCUGGCCAAGGUGCACGAGCUGGAGAGGAGGAACAAGCUGCUGGAGAAGCAGCUGCAGCAAGCCCUAGAGGGGGGGAACAGCGACAGACCCCCCACCAAGGACCAAGGGGUCCAGACCGGCUUUAUCCCAGCAGGACCGAGCCUGAACCCGCAUCAUCUCAACCUCAGCAGCUCAUACCAACCCGGAGGACUGCUGUCCCCGACCAUACAGUUUGACAACAAGCCCUUCAGUGGGAGCAGCAUCAGCACGGACUCCAACUCCAACCUCACCACGAACGACGGCUCGUUCAGCCCGGCCCGGAGUCCCUGCGACCCGGCCCGGAGCUUCAGCAACAUCAACGAGAGGUUCUGCUCCCACGCCGGGACCAACACGGCCGGCACCAACACGGCAAGCGGCCUGGCUCCCCCGCCGCGCUUCCUCCCCGGCAGCAUCUGGUCCUUCAACCACGCCCGCCGCUCGGGCCUGGGCCUGGGCCGGGACGCCUGCGUGGCCGGGCCCGGCGUCUCCUGGAGACACCCAGACGGAGUCGGGGUCCAGAUCGACACCAUCACGCCCGAGAUCAGGGCUCUGUACAACGUGCUGGCCAAGGUCAAGAGGGAGAGGGACGAGUACAAGAGGAGAUGGGAGGAAGAGUACACGGCCAGAAUGGACCUGCAGGAAAACGUGGCUGAACUUGAGGAGGAGCUGCAGGAGAGCGAGGCGUGUCAGGAGGAGCUGGCUCUGAAGGUGAAGCAGCUCAAGGCCGAGCUCGUCCUCUUCAAGGGACUCUUCAGCAAUGACCUGUCAGACCUGGACAGUAAGAUCCAGGAAAAGGCCAUGAAGGUGGACAUGGACAUCUGCCGGCGUAUCGACAUCACCGCCCGCCUCUGCGACGUGGCCCAGCAGAGGAACUGUGACGACACCAUUCCCAUCUUCCAGGUGCCCACGCCACCGUCCAGCUCCAGCCACCGCAGCAGGAAGCCCAGCGGCCCGUCGGCCAGGGACGGGGACGGGGACGAGGACUCCAGGACCGAGGACUCCAGCAGCGCGUCGGCCAGUCAGGUCAACGAGCAGAUGCAGAGGAUGCUGAACCAGCUGAGAGAGUGCGAGUUCGAGGACGACUGCGACAGUCUGGCCUGGGAGGAGACGGAGGAAACGCUCCUGCUGUGGGAGGAUUUCCCAGGAUGCUCGCUGGCUGCUGAGACGCAGGGGGAGGACGAGUCCAUUGAAAAAGUGAUUGAAGACACAGAGUGUCUGUUCAACUCCAGAGAGAAGGAAUACCAAGAAACCAUUGGCCAGAUAGAGCUGGAACUGGCCACGGCCAAGAGCGACAUGAACCGCCACCUGCACGAGUACAUGGAGAUGUGCUCCAUGAAGAGAGGCCUGGACGUGCAGAUGGAAACCUGCAGGAGGCUCAUCACGCAGAGCGGAGACAGGGAGUCGCUGUCGGGCGACGACCAGGAGAAGGAGAAGAAGAAACCAGCUCUACCUGCCAACGCUGAGAGCAGCGAGUCCUGCUGGGACGUCAACGCUGCCAUCCCUGCUGUGUCCUGGAGGAAACCUUAAUACACACACACACACACACACACACACACACACACACACACACACACACACACACACACACACACAUACACACACGCUGCUGGUCAUGCUGCUCGUUAAUGGGGAAACAAUUACAGAACUUACACAAAUAAUGAAAUUAUGUCUGAUUUAAGUCAUUUUUCUUGGUAAUCUAAAGAAGGACGAAUUUUAAUCCUAAUGAUGUCACCGAUGAUGUCACGCUUCAGACAAAACGAUUAGCUUAAUUUCAGUUUGAAUUCAAGUUUUGCAGCUUCUAUCAGACUCCUUUUAUUAUCAUUUCUAUUAUUUUAUAUUUAUUUAUUUAUUUUUGCAGAUGUUUUAACUUAUUACCAAGAGAAAAUCAUAUCCUUUCCAGAAGCGCCUACUAUCAUCCCUUGAUCUGCCAACUGCUGCCCCCUGGUGGUUUUUAGCUUGAACUACACCCACAGGACAAAACGGGAGAAAGCACUUUACAUUCAUUUUGCUCCCCUAUUCCUGUGUGAUAAGAUAAACAGAAUUGAAUUAUAUUUUGCACCCAGACCUUGCAGCGGCCAAUCAUUUGCACAAUCUGUGUAAACCUGCCUUUCAACAGCAGCAGUGAACGAGUCUGCAGAGAGGCAGAGACGCACAAAGACAGCGCUUUGCACAUUGUCUAGAAAAGCCAUCUUUAAUGCUUUUCUUCUCCGCUUUCAUAUUAUCAUUUACAAUUAUGUGCAGUUUUAACAUCUUCAAAACAUUUGAAAUGUUAAAACUGAAAUUAACCAGCUCUUGUUUUGGAGGAAUUUGGUGUAAUUAUAAUUGUAAAGUUGAAAAGUUGAACUAUCAAAGGCCAACUUGCCUUAAAACUAUAUCCAGCAACUGAGAAAUAUGAAGGUCUUUUUGUUCAUAUGAAAAUUAAAUCAAGGUUUGUGCCAAGUUGUGCUUUGAAAACAACAAUACUUGCAGUGAAUUAGCAAUGUUUGACAUAAAUGCAUCUAUUGGAGGGAGUUUCUGGGAUGUCACAUUUAUCAGACUUCUUCCAAAAUUGUCAACUUCUCUCUCAGAGGCUUGAAGUUGUAAACUGUUUUUACAGGAUUAUACGAUCUAACUAAACAGAUGUUUAUGUUAAGCGGUUAGAAAAUGAAUGUUAAUUAAAUAAAGGUGAACAGAUGGAUUCAGACAUCUUUGUGAAUCGUAUAAUUGUAAAAGAAAAAAGAAAAUUAAUAUUGAACACAUGAUGGAAAUAUACCUGAAAUAAGAGAUUUUUUUUUUAUGUCAAAGAUUUCUGGACAUGAUUUGACUUUCUUUUAUUUUGUUGUUCUGUCCACAAUUUUACAUGUGAGCUAAUGGGAAGCCAGCGCCUUAUAGUUUUAGCUUCUUU